AGAAGAAUCGGUUCUGGGGAAUGGCCAGAUUUGUUCUCACAUUUUCACUUUCGGUGGUAUUAACAAUGCUGCGUUGUGAUCCCUCCCAGUUCAACUUCCUGUCUCCGUUUUCACUGUCGGUGCUAGAACUGCGCCGCCCGAUGAUAGCGUUUGAUUCAUCAAUACUCGCAUUAAUACCGCAAUUGCAAUUGCAGGUGAUGAGACGGUCGAGCGCAGGCGAGCGAAACGCUCGUAUUAUUUAUGAUAUUCGGGACAGCACCGCUUUGCAAAGUCGGGGAGACCAAUGGGGAGAAGGGUUAAUGAUUGACAUUGACAAGUGACGUAAUGGGGUACCGCACAGGAAAAUUAGGUCACGCUAUAUAUAUCUUCAGGGAUAGAAAUUCAUAGAAUCUAGCCCAUCGUCCGUCGUGUCCGUCUCUUGCAGCUGUAAUCAACAAGAUAGUUAGAGAUGUUGAUGAUGAUGCAUUGAUGAAGGACACAUCCGUUGUCGUUGAUGUUGAUGAUGAUGAUCAAAGGGCAAAUCAUAGAGCUGAAGGAGUCUAGGACUCCAUUUGGCAAAUGCCGCUCAAUAG